GGGAAAGAGGAGCCUUGGGGACCUCUGCACCGGGUAACCGUCUUGGGGGUCCGCACCUGGGGGCCGGAUCCAAGUACUCCUCGUUAGUUACUCCAAGGGAUAGUCGGUCUAGAAGCCUGUAAGUCGGAGACAGUGAGGCUGGCGCUAAGACUCCACUUCCCAGGAGGCGUCGGGGCACCCAGCGGAGGCUGCGCCUGACGACGGGGGUGGGACUCGGUAGCUGCCCGGAUGUGGCGCCGAGCUCGCCGCGCCUGCCCACCCCCGCCACAGUCGCGCUGGGAGGCUCUGCCCGCUGUAGUCAACAGCGGUGGAAGACGACGGCUUUUGCUUUGCCAGAAAAAUUCACUUAUGUACCUACACAUAAUAUCGCAUACUUCAGAGGCGGCUUCUAGGACCUACUGAAGUUUAUCCUCUAGCAGUCCAUGGACUCCAUGGACUCCAAAGAAAGAAUGCAGACAAUCAAAUGUGUGGUUGUAGGAGAUGGGGCUGUAGGUAAGACCUGCCUCCUCAUCAGUUACACAACGAAUGCCUUUCCUGAGGAGUAUAUCCCCACCGUCUUUGAUAACUAUAGUGCCCAGACAUCUGUGGAUGGCCAGAUCGUCAGCCUGAACCUGUGGGACACAGCUGGCCAAGAGGAGUAUGACCGACUGCGAACGCUGUCCUACCCCCAGACCAAUAUCUUUGUCAUUUGUUUUUCCAUUGGCAACCCAUCCUCGUAUGCCAAUGUGAGGCAUAAGUGGCACCCUGAGGUCUCCCAUCAUUGCCCCAAUGUGCCUGUUCUGCUGGUAGGUACCAAGAGAGACCUGCGGGAUGACAUUGAGACAGUGAAGAAGCUGAAGGAACAGAGCCUAGUGCCCACAACUCCUCAGCAAGGCACUUCCCUGGCUAAGCAGGUGGGGGCUGUGAAGUAUCUAGAAUGUUCAGCCCUGAUGCAGUAUGGGGUGCAUGAGGUAUUUUCAGAAGCUGUCCGGGCUGUGCUUUACCCUGCCACAAAGAAGAACACCAAGAAGUGUGUCCUUUUAUAGCUUUUGGGGUGCUAUUUGGGGACUGCACCGAAGGGGGAAUAAGAGUGAUUCCUUUGAUAGCAUUGAACAAUGCCAGCAUGAGCCAUUUGUCUCUUUUCCUAGAAACCCUAGACUCCAGGUUAUCGGGCUUUUGGAGGAACAAAGACAGCCUCGUUUGUACAUGGUUGCUGUGAAAUUUGGUCUGAACCUUUUGGAGGAAGUUUGGGGGGAAAGAGGGAGAGAGAGAGAGACUGACUUUUACCUCUGAUUUAGCUUUCCUAGCUGUAUUUACCAUUGAGCAAGUGCCUCACAGAAGGACAAGUUUCUACAGUUUCGAAAGCAUUGCCUUAAACUUUCUGAUAUAGUAAUUUUGGAAAACCAUUUUAUGUGUGACACCUGGGUGUUCCCAGUGUCGACAUGUGUUCUUCCCAUUCUGGAGAUGGGACAUGUUUGCAAAAACGGUUAAGCAGCAUUUCUUGAAGUUCUGGAAGAUACUAAUCAAUGUUCCUUAACAAGGUUCUAUGGUCAAGUAAGUCAGGAACCAGUGGGGUUUUUUUAAGUGUUUAUUUAAAUUCCAGUUAGUUAACAAACUGUGAUAUUAGUUUCAGGUGUACAAUUUAGUGAUUCAGCACUUCCGUACAACACGUGGUGCUCAUCAUAAGUGUCCUUUAAUCCCCAUCACCUAUUUACUCCAGCCUUCCUCCUUUUGGUAACCAGUGAUUUAAAUAAAGCUGAACAGGUUCCUCUACCGGAGGGAUUUAUAACUUUUAGUAAGUGGGCAACAUUUCUCAAAUUUAUUUCACUGAAUUUUUUUUUUUUUUUUUUGCUUCCACGCAACACCUGUUAACCUCUCUGGAAACACAGUUUCAGAGAUGUUGGAUUAAGAGGAACUAGAAAUUCCCAAAGAGGCUGUGAAAAAAAAGUAUAAUGUGGUCCUGUUCUUUUUGUUGUUUCCCUCUUUAUGCCUUUGAGAGGAAUGUUUAUCAGCCAUGGACUUGUUACUGGCUCCUCUUCCGCCCUUAGGUGUUGGGUUUGGCACUUAGUCAUGCUAGCGCAUUGGAUGUGGGGUCUGAUGGUCAGAUCUGUUUUUAGAUUAUGAUAGCACUAUGGGCCUUGUGAUGUGGAAUUAAUCCCCCAUAAAGCUGUGUCCCUGAGGCCUCUGUGAGGCGCCUUUUUUCUGUCAGCUUCUGCUUUAGGGAAAGACCACUGAAGGUUAACCCCAUCAACCAACCAACCAACCAAAAUAUUCUGCCAGUCGUUAUCAGGGAGUUGUGUGAUUCUUCUCAGUGUCCUGCCUUGCUCUCUUCCUAUUCCUCCCUCCUCUGUACCGUGUGUGUAUGUUUGUGUGUGUUUUCAGUCCUGGUUGCCUUUUGAGGUCUUUUAGUUGCUCAAAGAAAGUUGGAGUAUAUUGGAUUUCCAGACCCUGGGGCUGUCAACAUUGGUAGGGAUUUUGCCGGAGUUGCUCAGCCUGCCCUGCGGUGGUAGGAGUCACAUUCUUUACCCUACUAAGCCUGUUUCUCCUUAUUCUUUCUAGUUGUAUUUUUUACCUUCCUCCUUUGAUAUGGAAGGAAAACUUCCUUCUCCACCUGGCAGAUAGUGGUUAACGACUCCACUGGGCACAUAUCCUCCUACCCUGUCAAAAUAAGCAGUGGAUCUUUGAGAAUUUGGGAAAUGGAGUUAAAAGAAUCACCUAGCUACUUCUGUGGCGAAUGAAGUGUCUGUGAUUUGCUCUGGGGUGGUCUCACUGUUGCUCUUUGACAAUAUAUGAUCACAUUAGAGCUCAGGUUAACUGAGCCUCCUGGACAGGGUUGCCAGGUAAAAGAGAGUAGUUUUUGUUUGUUUGUUUGUUUUUUACAAAUAAUUUUUUAGUGUAAGUAUGUACCAUACAGUAUUUGGGAAUAGAUUAAAAAAUUAUUUGCUCUUUAUCUGAAAUUCAAAUUUAAUGGGACAUCCUGUAUUUCUCUUUGCUAAAUCUGGCACCCCUAUUCUUGGAGGAUUGGAAAGCUGGAGGUCAGGCAGAUACCAAGUAUUGUUAGAAAGGAAAAGGUUACAUAAGCUCACUGUUCCUCCUCCUUUUCUUCUGGUUUUCCUUUCCCUCACCAUGGGCUAAAGUGUUCUGUUUUGCUUUUCCUGUAUCACUGCACUCUCCUCUUCAUACAGUAAUUCAUUGGUGUGUAUUUCUACACCAUCAUCUAAGGCUGUGGAGGAUCCAGGGUGGAUAGCAUUGUCUGGUAGAUGUCUUCUCAGUUUCAACGUACUGUAUCUGUUUCUGGUGUGUGACCUAGGGCCUCCUGUUGCAGGGGCUGUAGGAGCUCUGUAUGAACAGGGUGUUAACUGGAAGAGGGUGAGGGUGGCCCUCCUUAACUAAGGCCCAAUAGCACUUUGGAAAGUGGGGCUCUAUUAUCAUAGUGUGGGGACUCUAAGAGUCAACUGGCCUGUUGGCAGGUGUACCAACUGCUGUGUGUAGUCCCUGAGUUUUCUCAUGGGCGGCCAGAUGAAGCACCUAUUGCUUGAGUGUGUUCCAGUCUCAGGAUGUUUGGACUGAUGCUGCCUGAGGUCCUUACGGACUUCAUGGUUGAAAGGGGCUAGAAACACAGCUGUCACCUAUGUCUCUGGGAACUUUCCAUAGCUACUGAAAUCUUUUUAACUGACUUUUAAUUUAAUAGUGCCUCCUACUCCCGCUUUGUCUGGGAAGAUCUCAAAUGUAAGCCUGGGCUUGGUUUGGUCAAACUUGCAUCCUUUAAUGAAGGGAGGUAUGAUCCAUAAGUCUGAGAGUAUGGUUUUGUAUUGGACUGACUCGAUGGUCCUACAUACACUGACAUCUUGAUUUUUAUACUUAAAAAUAAUUUGUAUGAUGACUAACAUACUAAUAUCACUUUAAAAUUGUUCAUAAUGAAUGGCAAUAAACUUUUCUGAUUUCACUG